GUCAGGGAUGAUCGGUCUUCGGAGGAGAGCACUAUCAAUUCAAUAGGCUAUCCAGUGACUCCCUAAGUGCCUAGCGCUCACAGUUUCCUCUUUUUUCUUCCCCUGAGAAGUGGCACAUGAAUUUCCGCCAAUUUCUCGUCUCCGGUCGGUCUCAGACUUCUUUUGGCUGGUUAUUUUUCUCUGGCAUUUUAGAUCUCUUAUUCUGGGGUGCAAACCGUGUUUCUUUGAAGAGUUGAUUUUCCCCUUUGGUCUGCUUUAAAAUAAUAAUGAUUUUCAAUCUUUUGUGACCUUUUUUCCACCCACCCCCCACUCCACAGUGGGGUGGUGGGGUAACAUGGAAUUGCCGCCACUUCCUCAUAGACUUCUUUCCGCGUUAUUUAUUAUUUUUUUUAUGCCAUUGAAAAUUUCGUACUCUGCCGGUGUUACCUUGAAGUAGGGGUUUUGUUUUUUACCCGUGGUCUGAAAUAAUGGUGAUUUUUGAACGGCACUUAAAAGGCCGGUGACACCAUAAAUGUCUUGCUUGAAGACGAUGCAGGCAGACUGGAAGUAACAAGUGGUUUUUUUCACACUCGAAAAUGAGCGCCCCCCUUACAAUAACUGACACCGCAUUGAAUUAAUUUAAAGUCUCUCUCCAGUGGCCGUUCGUUACAAAACUGACCGAAAAUUAACUAGCCCUUAUGCUCUGCCCUCAUGCCAUCUUCUAAAACGGAUCGUCACGCAACAGUAUAACCCAACGAUCGUCGAGGAGAAGACCCUGGGGACGAGGUUGAGACGUGGCGUCACGCUGGUAUCAGGAAUCGUGUCACGGUCGCCGGCAGAAGACCCUGACAACAAGUACUGAAACCUGUGGAAGAAACGCAGAAUACGAAGUCAAGAAAGUCUAAAUAAUUAUAGCAUUCCGUUUAUUCUAUAUGAAUAUGGCGGAGGCAAAGACAGAUAAAGGGAAAGUAGCUUUAAUUACGGGUAUAACUGGCCAGGAUGGUUCAUACCUCGCUGAGUUGCUGCUCUCAAAAGAUUAUGAGGUGCAUGGAAUUAUAAGACGAUCUAGCUCUUUCAAUACUGGGAGAAUUUCUCAUUUAUAUGCUGAUUCUAGGUCUCAUAAAAUGGGAGCCAUGAAACUACAUUAUGGGGACCUCACUGACAGUACAAACCUAGUAAAAAUUAUUAACGAGGUCAAGCCAACUGAGGUUUAUAAUUUAGGAGCACAAAGCCACGUGAAGGUUUCAUUUGAUUUAGCUGAAUAUACUGCUAAUGUUGAUGCCGUUGGAACACUAAGACUUUUGGAUGCAAUCAAAACCUGUGGAAUGGAAAAUACUGUUAGAUUCUAUCAGGCUUCUACCAGUGAGAUGUUUGGAAAAGUCCAAGAAAUCCCACAGACUGAAAAGACCCCAUUUUAUCCCAGGUCUCCUUAUGGGGCAGCCAAAGUGUAUGCUUUCUGGAUUGUUGUAAAUUAUAGAGAAGCCUACAAUAUGUUUGCUACUAAUGGAAUCCUGUUCAAUCAUGAAAGUCCACGUAGAGGUGAAACUUUUGUAACAAGGAAGAUAACAAGAGCAGUGGCUAAAAUUCAUUUAGGACUUCAAGAUAAGCUUGAACUUGGAAAUCUGGACUCCAAAAGAGAUUGGGGACAUGCCAGAGAUUAUGUUGAGGCCAUGUGGCUUGUUUUACAGCAUGAACAACCAGAAGACUUUGUAGUGGCAACUGGAGAAGUUCAUAGUGUAAGAGAAUUUGUUGUGGCAGCUUUCCAACAAAUUGGCAUAAGCAUUGUAUGGGAGGGAGAAGGUGAUACAGAAGUUGGAAAAGACAAAGAGACUGGAAAAGUUCUUGUGAAGGUGAACCCCAAGUUCUACAGACCUACAGAAGUGGAUUACCUGCAGGGAUCAUCAGAGAAAGCAUACAAACUUCUUGGCUGGAAACCUAAAGUGUCUUUUGAGGAACUGGUCAAGGAAAUGGUAGAAGGAGACAUAGCCCUGAUGAAAAGCAACCCUUCAGCUUAAUUACAGAUUCAAAUUAGAAUCAAGAUCAUCUGUCUUAGUAACGAAACUGAAACCAGCCUGAGUACACUCCUAUGUGCCCAUGCAAGCAAUAUGUUUGUUGUUUAGAUAGUAACAAAUUACAGGUUAAGAUACAUUUUCAAAUAUAUAUUUAGCAAAAUGAGGUGGCAUAACGAAAACGAAAAAGUUUUAAAAUAAAUUUUGUGAUCUUGUCUGGACUAUUUAUUCUUAAAGUCGGUGCUUUGGACACAGAAUAUAUUUCGGGCCCGGUGUUUUUCAAAGGAGGGUAAUUUUUCAAUUUGUUCACCCACGCCCCUUUUAGUAUUCUCUAGAACCAGCAAUUUUUCUAAGUCAGAUGUCAGAAUUUGUCUGCCGUUUGUGUAAUGAGCACAACCCAAGAAAGUUCAAUGUUGUUGUAUAAGAGCACAGCACGUUUAUUUAAUUGAAAAUCAUCGAGGAGUUGUAUGAUAUAUUUACUUACGGAUACUAUUUCUGUUUGUAGAAGGCCAUUGGAGAGGUUAAUUUAUACACCAUUAAGACAGUCGCUUGUGACUAUUUAAAUAAAAGGGGUUGUACAAAGAA